GCUCUUUAAGCAGUCCGGUCGGAAGUGCUGAUCGGAUUUGAGGAUAAGAGGAGCAGCGCGGCGUCCACUCCUCAGCACAGGCGGGCCGUGACGUGGGCGAGGAGUUCAGCCAAAUGCUUCCAGGGAUGGAGACAAUACCUGGACAGCUUGGAGAUCCUGGAAGAGAGGCCAGGUCCACCCCGAGUCCAAAACGGGACGCAGCCGGCCUCGGCGCGCCCCUCAAACCGAACCAAGUCAGCGAGACCUCCCUGUACGGGGUGCCCAUCGUUUCUCUGUUCAUCGACGGCAGGGAAAGACUAUGCCUAGCUCAGAUCUCCAACACCCUGCUGAAGAACUACAGCUACAACGAGAUCCACAACCGCAGGGUGGCACUGGGCAUCACCUGCGUGCAGUGCACCCCAGUCCAGCUGGAGCUCCUGCGACGCGCCGGCGCCAUGCCCAUCUCGUCCAGACGCUGCGGCAUGAUCACCAAGCGGGAGGCCGAGCGGCUCUGCAAGUCCUUCUUGGGGGCCCACAGCCCCCCGAAGCUGCCGGAGAACUUCGCCUUCGACGUCUCCCACGAAUGCGCAUGGGGCUGUCGUGGCAGCUUUAUCCCGGCCAGAUACAACAGCUCGCGAGCCAAGUGCAUCAAGUGCACUUUUUGCAGCAUGUACUUCUCGCCCAACAAAUUCAUUUUCCACUCGCAUCGCAGUCCGGACUCUAAGUACCUGCAGCCGGACGCUGCCAACUUCAACUCGUGGAGACGCCACCUGAAGCUGACCGAGAAGAAGCCUUCGGACGACAUCAACCACGCGUGGGAGGACGUCAAAGCCAUGUUCAACGGGGGCAGCCGAAAGAGGACGCUUCCCGCGGGGGGCUCGAGGGAGCGCUCGCCCACCGAGGCGCGAGCGUCCUCGGCACUUGGGCGCAGCGCCUCCCCGGACAUUCCAAGGAAAACUUUGCGCUGCGACGACGCUCUGCGGGCGGCUCCGAGCAUCACUUUGGCGGCCAGUGCGAGGAGCUACCCGCUCAUCCCGGUCCCCAGCAAAAACUUCGGCCUGCUACCCAAAAUCCCCCCACCCUUAUUCUCACACCACCCGUACGGUUUCGCCGGCUACGGCUUGUGUCCGAAAAAGAGUGACGGCAUGCCGGAUGCGACUAAAACCAACGUGCCCGCUGUGUUUUGGCCCGCUACCAAGGACGCCAUUUACCCGGCUUUCCCCGUCUUUUGGCCAGCAGCGAGCAGCCUUCCCGUGCCGCCCUACCCGGCCUCCCCGCCCGGGGUCCUUCAGGACCUGGACCUAUCAGACCAAAGCGAAAGGAGUGCAAACCCCCCCAAAGACGGCCAGCAGCAGCAGCAUGGCGCCACGCAGCCAUGCCCCACUUCAGCGAGCAAAUGCAGGAACGACGACGACAGGGGAGGGGACGAGACACCGCUGCCCCGGAAAAUCGGCCACAUCUCCGCCUUCAAACCUGUGGUCAAAGACGCCGAGACCAUCGCCAAGUUGUACGGGACACGGGAGGGCUUCGGCGUGCGGCCCGGCUACCUUUCCCCGGACUUCGUCUGCGAGACCUCCAGCUUCAGGUCCGUGUCCCCGGACAGAGACACCGUGGAUGACGGCGGGGACGACGAUGACGACCCUGACGUGGAUGUGGAGUCCAACAGGGGGGAAGAGGAGGAGGAGGCGAUCCGGAUCUCGUCAAGAGGCGCCACUCGGGAGUCUCCCGUGCCCGAGGCGGCCGAACAGAAGCCUGCGGCGUCGGCGGAGGACUCCUCGGACGAGGGCAGCCUCACCCGGGAUGCUUCGCCUUUUAGCCACGUGGAUGCGCACGAGAAGGACAACCAAGUCCACGUGAAGCAUACUUUGGAGGCGUCCGGCAGCCCCAGCAGUGCAAACGGUGCGCACGACGAUCAUCGAAACACAACAGACAAACAAAAUCACAGACAAGCUGAUGAAACUUUACGCAUCGAUAUCAGCGUGCAGGAGCGAAAUCUGGAGAAGAUGGCAAAAGAGGAGUUGCAAAAACAGCUCGUGGAGCAAAUGGAGCUCAGGAAAAAGCUGGAGAGAGAAUUUCAACAUUUGAAAGAUAACUUCCACGAUCAAAUGAAGCGUGAGCUCUCCUACCGAGAGGAAAUGGUGCAGCAGCUGCAGAUUGUUCGAGAAGCUCACGGCGCCCUUCACCAUUUCUCAUGCAAGAUGUUGAGCCCUCGCCAGUGCAGUGGAGCCUGCACCUUUAAGUCCCCCCUGCUGCCACCUUAAACCCCAACACCACCCUUUUACACUCACUCACUCACUCACUCACUCACUCACUCACUCACUCACUCACUCACUCACUC